AUGUGGACCAAAUUGGAAGGAGCGGUAAGUGCUGAAGGUAAUGAGAUCGUAGCUUCAAAGAAAUUCAAGGAACGAAUUCAGAAACCUAAAGAGACAAUCACUUCGUUUGUCACUGAUUUGAUGCUGUUAGUUAAAGAUUGCAAUUACAUAGAUGAAGACAGACAAGUGAGAGACCAAUUUGUAUAUGGUGUUUCUGAUGAUGAUUUGAAGAAAAAACUGCUUGAAAAAGGAAACACGCUUACUAGAACUCAAGCUGUGUCAAUUGGCAAAGCCCACGAAACCACAAACCAAGAAGUUCAAGAAUGCUGUCUAAAACCACCUGUGAGUGAUAGUACCAAUGCUGUAUUUAAAGAUAAGCCAAACGAAGGUCUUAUGUGUAACUACUGUGCUAACAAGAAAGGAUCUCAUAGCUUUGCAAACAAGAGACACUGCCCUGCCUGGGGAGUAGUGUGUACCCUGCAAGAUUAAAAAUCAUUUUAAAGAUUCCAAGGAAUGUAAGCGACUCCAAAAGGAGAGAAAACCAAAACCAGGAAAUCAAAACCAGUCCAGAUCAACUAGGAAACCAUAUGUCCUAAAAGUAGAUGAAGAUGGUGAAGAGAAUUUUUAUGAAGUUGUGGACAAAAUUUGCACUCUGAAUCAACAAUGUGACCAUAAGAAGGCUUUUGCAAACUUGCUCAUCUCAAAGAAAAGAAUUUCUGUAAACUUUUAG